UUAGAACCUUCUUCUUCUUUUUUUUUUGUCUUAAUUUUGAAAACUUAAACUAGAAAUGAUCAUAUCAUGAAGAUAAUCCAUCGAAGUUAAACCUUUGACCGUAUCUUCAUAAUUUCAUAAUAUCUAUAACUAAAAGAAUAUGAUAUAAUGGAGAGGGCACGAGUGAGAGGUGCGGCGGCCAGAGAUGACAGCGAUUCCAGACGGCGACAGACUUACAGGCGGAGGGAGGUUAAGGAUGGGUUCGAUAAUCUGGUUCCAGGGAAGGCAUUUUUCUUCUACAAUUUUCCAGAGACAUGUUGCGCAAAGGAUUUAUGGUAUCACUUCCAGAGGUAUGGACGCAUGGUGGAUGUCUAUGUGCCUGGGAGAAGAGAUAAGUGGGGGAAACGGUAUGGGUUUGUACGUAUGACCGGAGUGCAGUCUGAACAGGAAAUGGUGAGGAAGCUUAAUGAUAUCUGGAUUGGGUCAUAUAAGGUUCGGGUUAAAGUUGUAGAGGCUAGGAGGAGGCAGAUCUCAAGGGUUAGAAGGGCACUGAGGGUUUUAGAGGAAAGGAAACAGGAACAUAGAAUGGAUAGACUAGUUCAACCGGGGCAUUCAUAUGUGCAGGCAGUGGUAAGGAGUCAUCCACAGAUCAGGGAGACUCCUAGUAGCGCAGGGGCAUUGCAGGAGAAAGUAGGGCAAAGUGUGGAGAACGAGGCAGUUGAAUCCCCUGUAAAGAAUGCUGUAAGGCACGGGAUGGUGGAGAACAUUUCUGGGCAGUCUAAGGAAAAGGCUAUUGAGUUUGCACCAAUGAAGGAGGAGACCAAAUGGCUUGAAGGAAGUAUGGUUGCUGAGGUGAAAUCAGUAUCAUUGAUUUCUAACAUUCAAGCUCGAUUAGACGUGGAUGGAGGAGCGAUUACGUUAUUACCAUUGGAAGGAAAAAGGGUGCUAUUAACAGAACAAGUGGCAAGGUGCUUGGCUGAUUAUACACAGCACAAUAAAGACUUGAUUGAUUUAUGGUUCGAUUCGGUACAACCAUGGACAUUAGCAAGUCCAGCAAGUUGUAGACUGGUGUGGCUACGUAUUUCUAGAAUCCCGCUCAAUGCAUGGUGCGAUAGAUGCUUCCAAAUGUUAGGCGAGUUAAUGGGAGAAGUGGUUUGGAUUCAUGAAGAUACUUCAAAUAAAAUUAUCUUGGGUGAUGGUAGGGUGUUAAUCCUUUGCUCUGAAAAGGGUAAGAUCAUCCGAAUUGUAAACCUGAAAGUGGAGAACCAGGUGUAUGAAGUAGGGUUGAUAGAGGAAGAAUGGCGCUUCGAUCCCGAUUGGUGGCUGUCGGACGGCGAUAGGCAAUGCGAUUUGGAAACUGAUUCGAAAUGUUCAAUACUGCCUAACGGUAGUGAGGAUGUUGACUUGAUUCAUGUCGCAAAAAGUGGAGGGAAUGAGGAUAUUUUUUAUGAAGAAAUGCUGGAGAAGGAAGCUGAUUCAAAUUCAAACAGAAUCUUUGUAACGGAAGGCAGUGAAUGUAUGUUAUCUGAAACGGAUGAUAUUGCAGAUGGGCAUAGUGGGCCUAUUGAAUGUAACGAGCUAGUGAAUAAGCGGCCUAGGCUUGAUGAGGCCUAUGGGCCCGAUGCAAAUUUGUCUCCAAAGAGGACUAGGGUCGAUAAUGCCAUAAGGCUUGCAGCAGAGCAUGAGCAUGUCUUGACCCCUGUUCUAAAUCUGGAAAAUAGGGGAGCGACGGGAAAAAGGAGGAAGCAUCUUUUGGAGUGUUAUCCGCAAAAUGAGGCAGAAAUCGGUGACAAGAGCACUCAAUGGGUCACGGCGAGGACCAAGCAGAGACAACACAGAUGGAAGCAGGCUCAACAGGAGGCACCGAUGAAGGUAGGAUUGGGGGGUUCGAUGAAAAGGAAGGAGGUAGGAAAAGUGGUAAGAAAAGAGAGGCUAGACUUUUUGUUCUUGCAAGAGACUAAAAUGCAGGAAGUGGAUGGGAGCGUGUGUAGGGGGUUGUGGUAUUCAGAUGAUUGUGACUGGGUUAUGAAGGAGUCAAUUGGUGCUUCAGGGGCUUUGAUGUGUGUUUGGAAUAAUGUUAGUUUUGUUAAGCUAAGGGAGUUUGUUGGAGAUGGUUUUCUGGGUAUUGAUGGGGUUUGGGGUCCAGAAAAGGGAGGGUGCUGGAUGAUAGCAGGGGAUUUUAAUGCUGUUAGAUGUCCUGAAGAAAGGAGAGGAAGAACUGGAGAAUGCCCAGAGAUGGAGGAGUUUAAUGUCUUUAUCGAGUCAUCAGGAUUGGUUGAUAUCAGAUUGGCGAAUAGACGUUUUACAUGGUACCGACCGGAUGGUUCUUCUAUGAGUCGGUUGGAUAGAUUUCUGAUGACAGAGGAGAUGUAUAGUUUGGGGUGCGAGUGGGUGCAGCAGGGGUUGAAACGGACUGUUUCCGAUCACUGUGCUGUUAUCUUGAAAUCAAUAGAAGGCAAGUGGCGAAGGAUGGAGGUUGAAGGUUAUGCCGGCUAUCGUUGUAAACAAAAGUUAAAGUUGUUGAAGGAAUUUUUGAAAGGAUGGAAUAGGGAUGUGUUCGGGGAUGUGGAGGCUCAACUUGAAAAGGCAUCAGCAAAGGUAGAAAAGAUUGACAGGAGGAAUGAAGAUUUUGAGCUGGAGGAGUUUAAGGUGAGCCAACGACAAGAAGGAGUUCAAGAAAUAUGGGAUGUUUUACGCAAGAAGGAAGUUAUAUUGAGGCAAAAAUCGAGAUGGCUCUCGUGUGACGGUAGAUUGGUGGAGGAGCCUAAAAUGGUUAAGAGGGAAGUAGCCAAAUAUUUCUCUACUUUGUUUCAAGGUGAAGUAUGGAACAGACCCAAGCUAGCUGGUGUAAGUUUUCGGCAAAUAUCUGCGGAGAAAAAAGAGUGGUUGGAGAGACCAUUCUCAACGGAAGAGAUUGAAGAUGGGUUAAGAUGUUGUGAAGGGACUAAAGCACAUGGUCCGGAUGGUUAUAAUUUCAACUUCCUCAAGUUUGGGUUUGGGUCUAAGUGGAGAGGAUGGAUUAUGGAGUGCUUAUCAACCGCAAGGGUGUCAGUCUUAGUUAAUGGCAGUUCGACUAAGGAGUUUGAGAUUGGAAAAGGAUUACGGUAUGGUGACCCUUUGUCUCCUUUUCUGUUUUUGAUGGUUGGUGAGGGUUUACAUGAGUUACUUCGAAAAUCUGAGUCGGAGGGGUUGUUUAAGGGUGUGGAAGUUAGGAAGAGGGGUUUGGUUGUAUCUUUGCUACAGUUUGCCGACGAUACAGUGAUUCUGGGUAAAGCUGAUGGGGAGAAUGUCUUUAUGGUUAAAACAGUGUUACGAUGGUUUGAGUUGAUGUCGGGGUUGCAGAUUAAUUUUGGUAAAAGUAGUGUCUAUGGCUAUAAUGUAUCGACAAGGUGGUUGAAUGGGAUGGCUUGUUCUUUAUGGUGUGGUGUUGGGAAAACACCUUUCAUGUAUUUGGGUCUCCCUGUUGGUGGUAAAUCUUGGAGCAAAAAACAGUGGGAACCAAUGGUAAAUAAGUUUCGUGCCAAACUUGCCGUCUGGAAGUCUGCUUCGUUGUCUUUUGGCGGCCGCAUCACUUUGCUUAAUUCGGUACUCUCUACUUUACCCAUUUUUUACAUGUCUCUAGUUUUAUUACCUAGUUCUGUGGUUUCUGAAUUGGUCUCUAUCCAAAGGGGGUUUCUGUGGGGUGGGGCUGGUUUGAAUAGGAAAAUUCCAUGGGUUAAGUGGGAUAUUGUUUGUGGUAAUAAGGCGCAUGGAGGUUUAGGGGUGUCGGAUUUGCGAAGGAAAAAUUGGGCAUUAUUGGGGAAGUGGUGGUUUUGGUUUGCUGAUGGUGUGGGGAGUUUGUGGAAGCGGGUAGUAAGGGACAAAUAUUAUGAGGGUCAUUGGGAGGUGGAUUUAACAGCAAUUGAUAAUUUAAGAGUGUCAAAAUUGUGGAAAGAUAUUAUCAGUAUUGGGGGGAAAUCAAUUAGGCUGAGGAAUAUGUUGGGGAAUGGGUUUAGAUGGGAGGUGGGGUGUGGUAGUAGGGUGGGGUUUUGGAGGGAGAAAUGGGUGGGAGAUAAAUCCUUAAGGGAUUUAUGUCCCAGAUUGUAUGCCUUGGCUGUGAAUAAGGAAGGCUCGGUUAGUGAUAUGGGGCAAUGGGAAGGGGAUAGGUGGCAGUGGAAUAUGGUGUGGAGAAGGGGGAGAAUGGGGCGUGAAAAGGAUGAAGAGGAGGUUUUGUGGGGGGUUGUGGAUUGUGUACAAUUAAAGAAAGGCAGGGAGGAUGUUUGGACUUAGGUACAUGAUCGAGGAGGUAAAUAUUUGGUGAGGACAGCUUAUGAAUUUUUAUCUCCUGAGGAGUGUCAUCUAGAUUCCCAAUUGUGUAGGUUUAUUUGGUGCAGGCUUGUGCCUUUGAAAGUUAGCUUUUUUGGGUGGAGGUUAUGUCUUGAUUGGCUGCCAACAAAAUGGAACUUAUAAAAACGGGGUGUGUUGGUGUAGCAAGAGGGUUCUUUUUGUGGUUUGUGUCAUGAGGUGGUGGAGGAGGUUGAUCAUCUAUUUUGUACUUACAGGGAAGCUUGGUUAGUUUGGGUUAAGGUGCGGAAUUGGUGGCGCAUUGAAACUGUCAUGUUGAAUACCGUCAGGGGAGUGGCAUAAUUUUUCUUCUUUGAUUUGGGUAGAAUUAUAGGGAAGGAGUUGGGUGCAUGUGUUUUUCUUGUUGUUGCAUGGUAUCUUUGGUAUUGGAGGAAUGCUUGUGUAUUUAAGAAUUAUGAGAGUAUGCAGGAGUGUUUGUUGGAUAAGGUACAAAUGAAGUCUUUUUUUUGGAUUAAAAAUAAGGUGCAUGGUUGUGCUUUUUCUUUGUAUGAGUGGCAGAUGAACCCAAUUGAGUGUGCCAUAGCUGUUAAUCGGUAUAAGAAGAUGUUGAAGAGUUUCCAAAAGCUGCAUCAUCGUUUACUUUGAGUUCUGCAUGUAGGCAUUCAUGUGUUACUGUCCCGGUCAUCUUUCUUAUUUUGGGGUGAUGGGUUUGGUCUGUUAAUGCCAAGAAUAGGAUUUAUCUUUGUAUAUGGGUUGGAGUAACCCUUGUACUCCCUCAAAUGAUAUAUUUAUUUUUGUUUGCUGAUAAAAAAAAAUCUAUAAC